UCGUUUCCGUCCACACUUUCGCAUUCCACCAAACGUACGAGACCAUCCAUCUUCCCUCUCAUCCCUCCUCUUCCUCAUCUUUGCACCGUCCUCCCACCUUCAUCCAUCCUUCCUCUUAUCUAUCCUUCCUUCGAUGCAAUCCCUCAUCCAUAUGAGCCAGACUCAGUCCUCCUGUAGCCGUCGGCCAUCUCCACCAAGUCAACUGACACCAAGACAAAGUCAAGCUUCUGCCGGAACUCCUCCUCCUCCUCCUGUCGGCGAUUGCGACGCCCGUGGCUCUCUGGACGCUAAUGCGGGAGCUCCAUUCGCUGUCGGAGCUCGUCGACCUCCUCGCCGAGAAGGUCGUCGACGCCUGCGCCGACGGCCUCUCCUGGGCCUAUUCCUCUUUCUCCCGCCUACUCGACGUCGAGUCCGACCUCGAAAACCUCCGCCGCAGGGUCGACCGCAUCCACGCCUGCCUCAAGGGCGCCGAGGAGACCCGCUUCAGUGAGGACGGCAACGCUCGCCUUUGGCUCUCCGAGCUCAAAGACAUAGCUUUCGACGCAGAGGACCUCCUCGACGAGUUCCAGACCCGGGUCAAACUCUCCAAGCUCCAAGCUUCCGUGGCCGCCGCCGGCGACGGAAGCCGCUCUCUAAAGAGAAAGCGACCUUGGCACUCCCUCUCCGUCAACCCAGUUUGGCUCUGGAAGAUUUCACGAAAGAUCGUCCAGAUCAGCAGGAACUACAAUUCCAUUGUCGAGGACUGGCGUAAUCUCCAUCACAGGGAGGGCGAGUCCAGGAGAGCAGAGGUUAGGGAAGAACGCCUCCCUCCGGUGGCGGGCUCUCUCCAAGGUGAGCCCCUAAUCGAUGCCAUCGAUGAUAAGAAAGAAGAGAUUGUUCAAUUGUUGAUCUCGGGUGGGAAAGAUGGACUUGCUGUUGUUUCGAUAGUCGGAGCAGGAGGAAUGGGAAAGACGACGCUUGCCAGGCUUGUCUUUGGUGACGAACGGAUCGAACAC